AUGGGUCUCGAUAUUGUACAACUGGAUGUCACCGACGAACAGUCAAUCGAACAAGCAGUGUCCGUCGUCAAGGCUGCGACGGGUGGAUAUCUGGACUUCCUGGUCAACAAUUCGGGCACAGGAUACAGUAUGCCCUUAUUGGACUCGGAUGUGUCAGUCGCUAAGAAGAUGUUUGAUGUCAACGUCUUUGCUAUCGUCACCGUCACUCAAGCGUUUGCGCCGCUUUUGUUCGCCUCUCAAGGAACAAUCAUCAACAUUGGGUCGGUCCUGGGCAAGAUGCCACUCCCAUGGCAAGGAUAUUACAAUGCAAGCAAAGCUGCAGUUGCUAUCUUGACCGACCAAAUGCGUAUUGAGUUCUCUCCUUGGAAAGUCCGCGUAAUCCUCGUCACUACUGGCUCAAUUGGGACCAAGUUCCACGACAACCUUGCAAGUGCACCGCAUCUACCCGAGGAUUCUCUCUAUUACCCUGCAAAGGAUGUUAUUGAGCCGGCAAUGGCUGGCUCUGAGGUGCAGAAAAGUGCUAUGGAUGUCAAUUCCUAUGCCCAGGUCGUUGUCUACAACGCCCUCCGAUCAAGCCCUAAGAAGCAUCUUUGGUCGGGAGGAGGGGGGGCCUUGAUAACUUGGCUGGCUUCGACGUUUGCCUGGUCGACUAUAUGGGAUACGUUGCUCCCCCCUCUUGUCCACAUGCCGGAUAUUACGAACAAGAUCCGUACCGCGGAUAAGGACGAACAGGAUUGCAAGAAGACAGAUUAA